AUGGCGUCUAACAUCAAUACGAGCUCAAAUAAUGGCCGCAAGAUGUCGGCACUGGUAUCAUGUUUUAAGUGUGGAAAAUCAGUUGACAUAAAAAGUACUGCAAAGUGCUCAAUCUGCAAAAACAGAUUUGAACGGAAUUGUGAUGGCAUUCCUGAACAAACCUUCCGUUUCAUUACCCAAGACUCAAAUAAAAACUGGAAAUGCAAAACUUGUAUAGAAAAAAACCUCAGCAUUAGAAAAAAAUCCAGUACCGGUGACCUAUCUUAUAUUACUCAACGAAAGAAAAAUAAUACCAUAAUAGAACCUAUCCUCUUGACCCCCGAAACUACACAGCUUAUAAAUAAAGAUCAGUGUAUUAAUACGAUUCAAAUUGCAACAGAAGAAACGUCCAUUAUAACAGAUUCACAAUUAUUUACCGACUCUGAAACCUCAUAUGAGAUGUACGAUCCACCCAAUAAAAUGUCUAAAAGUAUGGACUGCACUGUAACCGACCAACUGUGUAUUUCUGAAAUGAAAGAACAAAUAUCUAUGCUUACCAGUAAACUGGAGAGCACUGAGAGUGAGAUGGAAAAUAUUAUACUGGAAAAUAACAAUCUUAACAGACAGAUCCAAAUAUUAAACGAAGAAAUAAAACUACUUAAGUCGUUGUGCAGCUCAUCUACAAUAGUAGGCAAUAGUCCAUACAAAAGCGACAAGAAGAAGAGAAAUUCUUUGUUACGGCGUAAAAUGUCUCCUACUGUAUCCCCACUGGCUUCAACCUCGAAUCUUGAAGCCCGUAACGAUAUAGAAACGUCAUCACAACGGCAAAAAAUUAAACACCUAGAACAACAAUUAGAAGACAUACAACAAAAAAAUAUGUCCCUUGCAAAACAAAUAGAAAGCCUGACACGAUCUGAACUGAAGAACAAUAAAUCUUUACCAAUCGAACGAGAACGACUACAUACAGACAACAUUACACUGGCUUCAGAUGAUCGACGCCAGUACUGGGAUGUACGGUGGUUAGAACAAAUCGACAACAUCACUCUCGCUCCAACUGUAACCUGA